AUGAAAAAAAAACUGACAUCCCAAACGUCAUUCGUAUCUGUCAUUGUCAAAGUUUAAAUUUUGUGACCGUUUAUUGCGCGAAAGAAUAUUUUUAUCAGGGCGUCUAUUAUUUAUAGUCUUGUGGAUUCUAUUGUUUUGUGUAAUGUGUUACGUGUAUUUAUUUUAAAAUACAGAGGUUUUUAUGCGAGACUCGUGACUUCGUAGUAUAUUCAUGUUCUAAUAUAACGGGAGGCAACAUGUCUGAUUCGUUAAAUGCCCAAACAAAAGCCAACCUCUCUAAAAACAUUCAACACUUGCACGAGAAAUGUGUGGAUGUGUUCAAUAUAAUUACAAAUGCACCUUUGGAUGAUGGUAUAUCACCGGAAAGUAUUGGUGAAAAAGCAUUAUGUUAUGUAGAGGGCCUUCGCACCAAUAUUCAAAACGCAAACACAGAUGUUAUUAAUGACGAAAAUCUAAUACUAAAUGAAUUUCUUGCUGAAUCCAAGGAGAGACAGGUACAAAUUAAAGAACUGACAGCGUUUACAAGAGGAGCAAUAUUCGAAAUUGAAUAUGAGAUAAAAAGAUUGAAAAACAUAACCCAGAUCAGUGAAGAAGCACUGUCUCGUCCCAGAGUAGUACAGCAUGAAAUUCUUUCAGAACAUAUUCACAAAGCAAGGUCUACAUUUCAAACUUUGAAGUCUGAGCUUCUUGGUGUUGUUCAGUCUAUCUUCCCGAAUGACAGUGAAGCUAUUCUCAAUAUUAUUCGGCAACUAAAUCAAGAAAAGAGCAACCAUGAGUCAAACGGAUACAUACCUAUAACUCAUGAAUCAUUCUGGAUCUUUGAAUUUCUACAAGAUAUGAAAAUUGUGUCUUUGAAUCCCUACAAUAAUAUGGAAGCAAAAUUGGCUUACUAAAAAUCCAGGACAAAAUAAAGGCCUUUUUAAUUAAUUGUAAUUAAAGUUCAAAGUAUUAUCGCUAAUCAAAUAGUACAAAUAUUGUAAAUUUAGAUUUUGAUGAUUCAAGUUCUGUAAGUUUUAUGUGAAAUGUAAAUUAAAGGUUUUAUUUUUU